AUGUCAAAUUGGCUUUUACCAAAUUUGCCAAUUCGACAUUUGCUUCGUGAACUUUCAGUUGGUUCUACCGGCCAUCCGUUAGGUCUUCUUAACCAGCUAAAACCAACAAAAGGUCAUCGAGGCAACCCGAUCAAAUUUACGGAAAACACCCUUGUAUCUCUUGAGCAAGCAAUAAAGAUUGGCGCUGAUGGAAUCGAAUCUGACGUUCGAUUUACCAAGGAUGAAGAGGUGAUCAUGAUGCAUGACACCACCCUCGAAAGAACGACUAAUGGUAAAAAUUUCUUAGAAAUUUUAUUAACACGUUCUGAAAUAGGUUCUGGAAACGUUAAUGACAGAAAUUGGAAAGGAUAUAUCGAGUAUUUGGUAACUAAAGAUAAUGAAAGGGUAUCAAAAUUACAAGAAGUCCUAAAUUUAUUAAAACUUAAUAAAAAUAUUUUUUUCAUCAUGGAUAUUAAAGACGACAAUAAUAUAGACAUUUUAAAUCGAAUAGCCGACAUAAUACACUCAGAACCUUACGAUUUUCGUACUCAAAUCUAUCUCGGUAUCUGGGCUUAUGACUUCUUAAUCAGAGCUCGCCAAGUAUUACCCGGUUUUCCAAUAAGUUUUAUCGGUAGUAACAUUUCAGUUGCUCGUGAACAAUUCUUCGAUAAAGUUGAAUCAUAUAACAUGGAAUAUACUUAUAUACUCGAAGAUACAACCGACUUUAUAUCUCAAAUAAGAGAUAGGGGUAGAAAAUUGUUUGUUUGGACGGUGGACACUGAAAGUGAUAUGAGAAGUUUGUUUUUUUAUGGUGUCGAUGCAAUACUAACAGAUGAUCCACUAAAAUGUAUUAGUGUAAAAAAACAAAUG